UUUGGAUUUCUUCAUUAUAUUUAUUAAUGUAGUUUCUUUACUUCACUAUUCUCUCUCUAAUCUCUAUUACCUUUAACUAUCUAUUAAAAGCUUCUUCCCACCAACACGUCUUCACCAACUCUCACUAUCUCAUCUCUCAGCAUGGCCAACUCGUCCUAUUCUUUUAUGAUCGUAUGCUUAAGCUUAAUCAUGUCCGGCGGCUACACUGUUCUUUCGGCGGCCGACUGGCCUGGAGGGGGAUCAACCAGGUUCUAUGAUUUCAAGGUUCAUACAAUGACCGUCAAAAAAUUGUGCAACAGUAAAGAAAUUGUGGCCGUCAAUAAUAAGUAUCCUGGCCCUGUCGUUUACGCUCAACAAGGGGAUCGAAUAAUCGUCAAAGUUACCAACGAGUCUCCUCACAAUGUCACCAUCCACUGGCACGGUGUCAGGCAGAUACUCUCGUGCUGGUUUGAUGGACCUUCAUACAUCACUCAGUGUCCGAUUCAGCCUGGGCAGAGCUUCACGUACGAGUUCACUUUGGUUAGACAAAAGGGAACCUUCUUUUGGCAUGCUCAUGUUUCUUGGCUCAGGGGUACAGUUUAUGGUGCCAUUGUUGUGUACCCAAAAGCUGGUGUCCCAUACCCAUUUAAACACCCUUAUGAAGAGCAUAUAGUAAUUCUAGGGGAGUAUUGGCUCCAGGAUGUUGUACAGCUAGAGCAGCAAGUGCUAGCAAGCGGAGCACCUUCUCCACCGUCGAAUGCCUAUACCAUCAAUGGUCACCCUGGCCCUAACUACAAUUGCUCUGCUAAUGACGUAUAUAGGCUCAACGUCGUCCCAGGAAAAACCUAUCUGUUAAGGUUGAUAAACGCAGGAGUGAACAUGGAAAACUUCUUUGCAAUUGCUAAUCACAAAUUAACAAUCGUAGAAGCCGAUGCUGAGUACACAAAACCAUUCACCACCGACCGUGUAAUGCUCGGACCGGGACAAACAAUGAUGGUCCUCGUCACCGCCGAUCAGCCCAUUGGAAAGUAUUCCAUGGCCGUGGGACCUUACAUGUCAGCUCAUGGUGUCUCAUUUCAGAACAAUUCAGCAAUUGCUUACUUUCAAUACGCAGGUGUUGUCCCUAACAGCAUUUCAUUACCAGCUAAAUUACCCAAUUUUAAUGAUAAUUUAGCUGUUAAGACAGUCAUGGAUGGCCUACGAAGCUUAAAUGCUUCAAACGUACCAAAAGAGAUUGAUGCAAACCUCUUUGUCACUAUUGGAAUAAAUGUCAACAAGUGCAGGUCCAAAACGCCAAAGCAAAGUUGCCACGGCCUUAAUAAUGGUACAAUGGCAGCUUCCAUGAACAAUAUAAGUUUCAUUAUGCCUACAGUUUCAAUUUUGGAAGCCUAUUACAAGGGGAUUGAGGGAUUUUUCACUGAUGAUUUCCCUGGAGCACCUCUUAGAUUCUAUGAUUUUGUGAAUGGGGCACCUAACAAUGCCCCAAAUGACACAAACUCAGUGAAUGGGACAAGGACUAAGGUCCUUGAGUAUGGAAGCAGGGUGCAAAUCAUUAUGCAGGACACUGGAACAGUCACAACUGAAAAUCACCCAAUUCAUCUCCAUGGCUACAGCUUCUAUGUGGUGGGAUACGGCACCGGCAACUAUGACCCAAAAACAGCAAAACUCAAUCUAGUGGAUCCUCCAUAUAUGAACACCAUUGGAGUUCCAGUUGGGGGAUGGGCAGCAAUUCGAUUUGUAGCAGAUAAUCCGGGGGUUUGGUUUAUGCACUGUCAUUUUGAUGUACACCAAUCAUGGGGAUUAGCUACGGUGCUGAUAGUGAAGAAUGGGAAAGGACACUUGCAGACGCUGCCACAUCCUCCGGCAGAUCUCCCUCGAUGCUAGGGACCCUGGAAUACUCGGAUUUCGGAUAAAUGUUGUGAAAUUCUCAGACAAGGAUUCUUUAGGCGCAAGUCUGUAAUAGGCGUGGUUAAUUUCUCUCUGCAAAUUGUGGCGUAAAGAAGAAAUUUUUCAAUUUAAUACAACUGCACAUUUCCCCUCA